AUGACGGUAGCAACCAGGACAGUGGUUAUGCCUCCAGUCCCAAAUCGGGAGGAUUUGGAUGCAACAUGGAAAUACCUCGAGGCUGGCAUAUCGAAGAUCAUGUUACACUUGGCAGAUGGUAUUGAUAUGCAAACUUAUAUGGGAGUAUACACAGCUGUUCACAAUUUCUGUACAUCACAAAAGGCAGUCGCCAACACUGGUCCAGGGUCCGCCAUCGGAGGCGCACAUCGUGGAGCACACCUUCUCGGCGAGGACUUAUACCAAAACCUUAUCUCCUACCUCACAAAAUAUCUCAAAGAACUCGUUCUGUCCUCUAAAACACAUACAGAUGAAGCUCUCCUCAGUUUCUACAUCCGAGAAUGGCACCGAUACACAACGGCGGCGAAAUACAUAAAUCAUUUGUUCAAAUAUCUCAAUCGUCAUUGGGUAAAGCGAGAGAUGGAUGAGGGAAAGAAGAAUAUCUACGAUGUCUAUACUCUACACCUUGUUCAGUGGAGACUCACUUUAUUCCAGUCUGUUCAUGAAAAGGUUAUGGAUGCUGUUCUCAAAAUGGUGGAGAAGCAGAGAAAUGGCGAGACGAUCGAGCAUAAUCAAAUCAAAUCCAUCGUUGACUCUUUCGUAUCACUCGGAUUGGAUGAGGCGGAUCCUACCAAAUCGACUCUUGACGUUUACCGUUUCCACUUUGAGAAGCCAUUCUUGGCAGCCACCGAGGCAUUCUAUCGAGCCGAAUCGAAACAAUUCGUUGCGGAAAAUAGCAUAGUGGAAUACAUGAAGAAGGCCGAAAUUCGAUUGGAUGAAGAGGAAGAGCGCGUUCGAAUGUACCUCCACCAAGACAUCAUCAUCCCAUUGAAGAAGGCCUGCAACACUGCUCUUAUUGCAGAUCACUCCAUGCUCCUCCGAGACGAGUUCCAGAUUCUAUUGGACAACGACCGCUAUGAUGAUAUGGCACGCAUGUACAACUUGUUGGCAAGAAUUCCGGAUGGUCUUGAGCCUCUCCGUACUAGAUUCGAGGCCCAUGUUCGCAAAGCGGGUCUUGCAGCAGUAUCGAAAGUUGCUAGUGAGGGUGAUAAACUCGAACCUAAGGUUUACGUCGACGCUCUUCUUGAGAUCCACACACAAUAUCAAGGCCUUGUUAAGCAAGCAUUCAAGGAUGAGCCAGAAUUUACUAGGUCUCUUGAUAAUGCAUGCAAGGAGUUUGUGAACCGCAAUCAAGUUUGCAAAUCUGGAUCCAACAAGUCCCCUGAAUUGCUCGCCAAAUACGCCGACUCGUUAUUGAAAAAGAGUGCCAGUGGGGCUGAGGAGAGUGAUAUCGAGAACUCCCUUAGUCAAAUUAUGACGGUCUUCAAGUAUAUUGAGGAUAAGGAUGUGUUCCAGAAAUUCUACUCGCGUAUGCUUGCUCGUAGACUGGUCCAUACUAGUUCAUCAUCGGAUGAUGCCGAGACAAGUAUGAUUAGCAAAUUGAAGGAGGCAUGUGGAUUCGAAUACACCAACAAGCUUCAACGUAUGUUCCAGGAUAUUCAGAUUUCAAAAGAUUUGAACAGUGGCUUCAAGGAGUUCGAAGCAGGAAUAUUUACUGGAGGUGACGAAAAGCCAAUCGAUGCCAGUUACUCAAUCUUGGGUACGGGUAUGUGGCCUUUGAACCCACCGAAUACGGACUUCACUCCGCCAGUCGAGAUUUCUAGAGCUUAUGAGCGUUUCCAAAAUUUCUACAACCAGAAGCACAGUGGUAGAAAACUCACGUGGCUAUGGCAGUUGUGUAAGGGAGAGAUCAAGGCCAACUACUGCAAAAAUCAAAAGACUCCAUAUACUUUCCAAGUAUCGACUUACCAAAUGGCCAUUCUUCUGCUAUUCAACGAGAACGAUAAGAAUAGUUAUGAUGAUAUCGCUAAGGCAACACAAUUGCAUGCCGAUGUUCUUGAUCCCAUUCUUGGUAUCUUCCUAAAGUCUAAGGUCCUCACUAUGACCCCAGCAGAUGACAAGCCAUCAUCCGGUAAAACCUUUCUUCUGAACUAUGACUUCAAGAGUAAGAAGAUUCGAGUCAACUUGAAUAUAGGUAUCAAGUCGGAGCAGAAGCAGGAGGUUGAUGAAACUCAUAAGACUAUCGAGGAAGAUCGAAAGUUGCUGAUGCAGUCUGCUAUUGUUCGUAUAAUGAAGGCACGAAAGAAGAUGAAGCACACUCAACUCGUCAGCGAAACUAUCAACCAGAUCCGCUCCCGAUUCGUACCCAAGAUUCCGGAUAUCAAGAAGUGUAUUGAUAUCUUACUGGAGAAGGAAUACCUGGAACGACUUGAUGAUGAUGAACUCGGAUACCUCGCAUGA